GCAUAGCGGGAUAAAGCUGCACUGUACUACAUCCACAGGAUAAAAAAUAAAAAAAAAAGGGGGCGCAUCCCGAUCAUUUCGAGAGUUACAGCAACUUCACCGGCCCUGCUGUUCCGAUUCCUCCAGCUUGGAAGCGGCUGCACAACGGAGUGGAGGGGGGAGAAGAACCGGGAACUUACGGAACUAAACAGGGACGGUGCGCACGAAUCAUCUCCGUAGGUGCAGUGUCUGAUUUUUUUUUUCCUCCUUUUUUUUUUUUUUUUCCUCUUUCGUCCUCCGGUGCAGGCGACGUUUCCUCUGAGGAAACUCUCCCCAAGUGUUGGAAACUUCCCAAGCACAGCAUCGAUCGAGGACCUCCCGCCCACUUCUUUACCUCUGAUCCACAAUACUGGAAGAGAAGGGGGGGAGAGAGAGAGUUGAGCAGCCGCUGCGGUGGAUGGAGCAACAAAGGCUACAUGGUUAAACUGGAAGAGCUCCUUUGAUGACAUCCCAGCGCUCCUUUUUCCUCUCCUAUUGCCUCAAACACUUCAUCACCUCCACGGCAAAGCUGCUGCAGCCGCUUUGGAUCUCAUUUUAGGCGGAGAGGGGUGGGGGGGGAGAACCCAGCCAGGUUCUCCUUAGUGCAAACUCCCCGCCAGCCAAAGGGGGGAACCGCCGCAGACGUGAAAAUUGAUGCUUUUGCUACGGAGGAGCGCACCGCCGAUCCUCUAGUUUUGCGAAAGUCUCAGUAAGAGAGCUCGACUAGUUUGGGUCCGGAGUGGGAUUUUUUUUAUUUUUUUUUGUUUUUUAAUUUUUUGCAGAAGUUGCAUGCGUGGUCUUUGUCGUCUCGAGUGAGCGCUGUCCAUCCACUCUCAGGUUAUCAGACGAGAUCCGGAUAGUUGAGGUGCCAUGGCGCUGUGUGUGGGGAUAUGGGUGCUCCUGUUGGCGCUGCACAUCCAAGCUGGCGACGGACAGAUGGUACAGAUGGACUCCAGUAAGUCCGGCUUCGUGGGCACGCAAGUGGAGCUGCGCUGCAUUUUCAUCAACAGCAACCCGCCGGUGAAGAUCUCUCAAGUCACCUGGCAGAAGCUCCUCAACGGCACCAAGCAGAACGUGGCCAUCGCCAACCCGGCGCUGGGCGUGUCCGUCCUGCCGCCCUUCAAGGAGCGGGUGAGCUUCAAGCAGGCGGCGGUGCGUCACCGCACGCCCUCGCUGGAGGACACCACCAUCGUGUUCUCCAACCUGCAGCUGUCCGACGAGGCCGCCUACAUCUGCGAGUACACCACGUUCCCCGCGGGCAACCGGGAGAACAUGGUCAACCUCACCGUGUUCGCUCGGCCCAUGACGCGCAUGACCUUGACCACGCCCACCAUCGUGGCCAGGGCCCAGAAGCGCAAGAUGACCGUCGCCACUUGCGUAUCGGCCAACGGGAAGCCCCCGAGCGUGAUCAAGUGGGACACCAGGUUGAAAGGCGAAGCCACCUUCCAGGAGACCCGCAACCAAAACGGGACGGUGACGGUACGGAGCAACUACCUGGUGGCGCCGAGCCGCGAGACCCACAAACAGAAGCUCACGUGCAUCGUGACGUACCGGAACGAGAGGAUCACGGACAGCGUGGUGCUCAACGUGCAAUAUGAACCCGAGGUGAAGAUCGAGGGGUUUGAUGGAAACUGGUACCUGAACCGUCCGAAUGUUCAGCUGACCUGCAGGGCUGAUGCUAACCCCCCUGUCACGAUCUACCAGUGGAAACUCUUGAAUGGCUCCCUGCCCAGCAAUGUGGAGAUCAGGAACAACACCCUGUUCUUUAAGGGCCCGGUGACCUACGACCUGGCGGGGACGUACGUCUGCGACGCCACCAACGGCAUCGGGACUCGCACGGGCAUCGUGGACGUCAACAUCACGGAAAUCCCUAACAACCAGCAACCUGAGGACGGUGGGAUCCCACAGGUGCAGCACAAUGCCGGCGCCGCCAUCGGGGGCGCCGUGGGGGGAGUUGCCCUGUUGGGCGUGGCGGCCAUACUGCUCUUCGUAUUCCUGCGCCGCCGCCAGCGCACCUUCAAGGGCGACUACAGCACCAAGAAACACGUGUUCGGAAACGGCUACAGCAAGGCCGGCGGCCUGCCCGCUCACCCGCCCAUCCCCAAGAACCUGCAGUACCCGGACGACUCGGACGACGAGAAGAAGCCCGCCCAGAUCGGCAGCACCGGCGGCUUCGAGGCCGGCGAGCGCGAUUUUGACGCCGAAGCGGAGGACCUGAAGAGGCCCUAUUUCACUGUGGACGAAGGGGAGAGCCGAGAUUAUGACGAGCGGACUCUGGCCUUCCAGUACGACCCCGAACCUGAAAUAGCCGACGAUAUGAUCUCUCAAACCGACGGCUCUGUCAUUUCUAAGAAAGAGUGGUAUGUGUAGUGGCAUGCAAAACAACCAAACCAAACAGCCCCCUGUCCCACCACCACCACCACCACCACCUGCAUCUCCACCGCACCCUUCACCUCCAUCCACCACCACCCCCUCCUCCCAUCUGUCAAACUGCACCGUCACUCCUCUUUUGGUCAAACCUAGUUACCCCCCCCACUCCUGACUUCCUCCCCAUAUCAAACCACCCAUCCAACUAAUCUCAAUUAGAAAAAUCAAGCGUCUAUUUAAAGUGCUAGCAACAUCAAACUUCUCAACACGACAGCAUUGGUGUCCGUUCCAUCGGGUGAAUGGGCAAAGAGUACAAACUUAAGGUAUGUAAACGGACUCACUUACCCGCCAGACUAGCAGGGAGGUGAUUGGUUGAUUGAUACUGGUGUAUUCUUCUUUAUUUUGUGUGUAAUUUUUUUUUUUUAAUUUUUUCAUGUUAGAAAUGUAUUAAAUGUAUAAAAAGAGACGGCAGGUUGAGGUUUUUGCUGAGCACAUUUGUGAAAGUCCUACACUGGAUGUACGAUUCUGUUAUUUUUUUUACGAUGCCUUUUUUUUUUGUUUUUUGUAUGAUUUCUUUUUUUUUUUAAAUGAGCAGAGAGUUAAAUGUGUGACAUAAUUACAGGUGGGGUUUCUACGUGUUCGUGGCUGUGUGGUCAAAUGUUUUAGAGAAAGAAAGAUAUAGAAAAAAAAAAAAAAGACGUGCAUCAUUUCUCCUGUUUCUCAGUGGGGGCGGAGCGUACGAGGAAUUACCCAUUUUGGUUUAAAAAAAAAAGCAGAUUGCUGUUUUCCAAAGACGUGUUCAUUCACGAUUCGCGUCUUUACCGAGAGAGCGGGAGGGAGUCGGUGUACUGAGCUGUGUGGACACGACGGAUCCAGUGUUUGUUUUUUUUAAACUAAAUUUCACACAUGCCCUUAUCAGCCAAAGCAAAAUAGCGCGGCAGAGAAGGGCUGCAAUUUUAUCACUCACAAUAAUUUCAAGUUUUCAGUGGUACAUCGCAAUCAUGUCCGGGGAGAAAAAAAAAACCAUUUUGGUCGCAGGGAAAACCUCUAAUAAUGCUCUGAAAUGUCAUGAUUGUCACUUGACUUGAACAGGUCGAGCCUGUGUACACGACAUCUUACCACUAUGAUGAAAUGUCUGUUAUUUGUGUUAUCUCGUGUUUUCUUUUUCUAUCAAACGUGUCUUGAGGAAUUCCACCCAACAAUGACUCUCCUUGUAAUUGUGACUGUGUUGCUCGAAGAAUCUGGCGUACGUCGACAGCGUUUUCUCUGAGGGAGUCAUCCAUGGACACAAAAGGACACAGAUAGGAAAAACCGAUGCUUUUUAUGUACAGAGGUUUUAAACAUGUAAAGGGAAUUGAAAACAAAAAAUGAUGGUGGCCAUGCUGGAGUAUAAUAAGUCACCUGCUGCUUUCAUGGAUGUUUUUUAUUUCUUUCUUUUAAAAAAAAAACAGAUUUUCCAGUCGUUUCUUUUUCUUUUUUUGGGGGUGAUUUUAAAGUUUUUUUUCCUUUAAUGUUGGCAUCUGAAUCUGCUCGCUGGGGUAAAAAAGUGGCCCCGUUGGCAGGCGUUUUAUAAAUAUAUAGAUAUCUGUUUUUAAAAAUUGCUGUUAACAAGUGCCAGUGGAUGCUAGCAUAGCAAAUGACUCGUUUCUGUCCUCGGCACCGAGGCCCAUUACACAAUCACCGAAAUGCAUUUGCUUCAAAAAAAAACAAAAAAGAAAAGCCAAAAAAAAAAAAAAAGCAAAAAAAAAAAUAAAAGCUCAAUGUGAAAAAUCGGAUAUAGCAGAAGCAUCGGAGUAAAUCUGUGGAUGUAAACGACAUAUCUGACUGGCUCUGAACAAUAUAAAUACUGUAUUAAGCCUUAUUUUAUGCAUGUUCUUUGUGUGGGAGUGGAAGUGCAUAUGUUGCUAUUUUUUCUAUCAAUUCCAGCGUGUUUGUCCUCAUUUUCCAGCUCAAAAGACGACACUUUGUGAGCGUCGUCAGUAUUGACAGAGGUAUGAGUUUGUGGGCGCACAGUACCCAGUAACAAUAUCGCAGUUAACACACAAAAAGGUAUAUAAAUAUACAUAUAUAUAAAUAUAUAUAUUAAUAAAGAUGAAAAAAAAAGAGAAAAAAAAAACAUCUCCGUGGGAGCAGAUCUCUCUGCCGCCUGGAGAUGUGAAUGUUUUACGGUCCAUGCUUGUCUACUGUAUGUUUUUAGAUGAGCAUGUUAAUCAUGAGCCUCAAAACUAUAUCGUAUUUUCAAAAAUUAGCAUCACAAAGUGGGAAAUAUCAUGUUCUUAUUAAAAAGUCUCUUGCUCUCCGUUUCCUUUUUUAGAGAGAUUCAUUUGCUGCAGCCUUAUUUUCGUCGCAUGUGUCGCGAUAGGGAGGAGACUAAAUGACGGGGCGGGGGAGGGGCGUGGCUACUUCCAGCGCGCGAAAGCAACUUGCGAUUUUUUGUAGUUUUAAUCGUUUAAUCGCCCCGCAGUGCGCGCGGCUUCGCGGUAGCUUCUCAGUUUUUAUACCGUCGCGGCAUAACGACACAAAACAUAUGAAUUGUUACCUUCGGUUCUCAGUGCCUAUCGAAGUCGGGAGACGUCGUCCGAGCGGUCGCCGCUUCAUCGUUUUAAGUUAUUCGGAAUAACGGAGUGAGUGAUGGCGGGACGGAACACGGGCUGCAGAGCAUCUAUCAGAUGAAAUGAUGGUUGUUUACUCGCGGGGAGUUUUGAGUUAGUACGGCGGGGACGUUAUUCACCCUCCCUGGCUCCGGCUCGGUACUAACUAAUAUAUCUAUACUUGAUCUAUAAAUCAGCUGAUCUCUUUAAAAGCUGCAUCCAUCACCGCUUUGAGGUCGGCUAAACUCGAGCGGUUGGGCGGGGGGGUUCGUCGUCGUCCUCGCUUCUCGCGGCUUUGGUUGCUGAUUUUUUCUAAGCACAACAAUUGAAAUCCGGUGGAGAGAUAUUGUACAUCACGAUUAUACCCCCCUUUCCCCUCUUUUCAAAGCACAAGGUUUCAUUUGACCAUUUUCUGCAUCCAUCAUGGAACCACUGCCACACUUUGCUUCUCAAGACAUGUGGGAGAGAAAGAGAAAAAAAGCCUUUUGAGUCCGGUAGAUGUAAACAUUGUCUUCACGUUGUCGGGGUGUUAUGAGUUUCUAUUUUGUAAUACUGACUGUAACUUCAUUCCAUCCUAAUCUACUUUUUUGUAUUCAGUAUGUUCAACAUUCCACUGUAAAUACUGUACAUAAGGUUGAGAUUAUAGUGGGGGUUUAUUUAGGGACAACUGUGUUAGGGACCCUGUUCUGUAAAAAAAAAAAAUAUACCUAUUUUGACUGCAAACACGGAGACUCGAUGAUGGCUAGAUGAAGUUGACGCAUAGCUUAUUUCCAAAGUCCCACCUUUAAAAAAAAAAAAAAAAAAGCUCCUCUAGUACGUUUUUAAUAUGCCGGUAGUGGCUUCACUGUCAUACGGAGAGGGCGACGCAUACGGUUUGUCGGUUUUAAUGUUAUUGAAAGAAACUCGAAACGGAGAGAAAUUGUCUGUAUGCAGCCAUGUGAAUGUAUAUUUCUGAGGGUGUUACAAAAAAAAAGGCAAAAAAAAAAACAAACAAAUCUCUUGUUCAAUUGUGAUGACCCAGUGAAGUAACUUGUAUUUGUUUUACGCAUUAAAUGAGUUCAGUAGUCAA